AGGGUGAAUUCGCUACCUUAUAUAAGCAGCUUGUGAAUGAUGAGAUCAAGUUCUGGGAAUAUUUCCGAAUGUCAGAAGCCUGUUUCAACUCGCUGUUGAGUAAAAUUCAUCCGUAUCUUAAAAAACAGGACACUACAUUUCGAUUAGCAGUGACUCCCCGAGAGAGGCUGGUAGUUUGCUUAAGGUAUUUUCAUUUAUUUGUUGACAAGAUUUCCUUAUAUUUAGCAACAGGAGACACGCAAAAAACCAUAGCUUUUAGUUACAGACUUGGGGUAAGUACUGCCCACCAGAUUGUUCACGAGACAUGUCGUGUGAUUACCGAAAAAUUAAUCGAUGAUGCAAUGCCGAAACCAACAGAAGAUAUGUGGAAGAAGAUUGCUAACGAUUUUUACACUAAGUGGAACUUCCCGCUGUGUCUUGGAGCCUUGGAUGGAAAGCAUGUGACAAUUCAAGCACCUGCCAAUAGUGGUUCACUUUAUUACAAUUACAAAAAAACCUUUUCGAUAGUGCUACUUGCUCUCGUCGAUUCGCAUGGGAAUUUCACUGCGGUUGACGUAGGAAGCUUCGGAAAAAAUAGCGAUGGAGGUAUUUUCGCAAAAUCUCGUCUUGGAGUAUUUCUCGAGCAUAACAAACUCUCCGUACCAGCGGACACAUACCUACCAGGAACGAAUCAAUUAGCCCCAUAUGUAAUUGUUGGGGAUGAAGCCUUUCCUUUAAAAACAUAUCUAUUGCGACCUUACCCAGGUCAAGAUCUGGAUGAAUCGAAGCGUGUAUAUAACUACCGUUUGAGCCGAGCAAGAAGAACAUCGGAAAACUGUUUCGGAAUGCUUACUUCGUGGUGUCGAAUGUACCAUCGUACUAUUCAUGCGAAUCCAAAAAAUGUGGACCGCAUGAUUCUCGCCAGCUGCAUUCUUCACAAUUACAAAAGAAGAUUUCAUGGUAUUACUCCAAACUAUCGAGCUACGUCGAUGGAUGAACCUAGUGUUUUGAACAAUCUUCCUGCCCAAGGAGGAAACGCUUGCAAAAAUGCAUUCAGUACACGGGAAACAUUCAAAAAUUACUUUAAUUCCACCAUUGGAGCUGUUCCAUGGCAAUAA